GUUUACACUGUAUACAAUUUUAACCUACUAUUUUCACGUUUCAUGAUGUAAAUAAUAUGUAUGAUUGAAAUAUUCAUUCUAUUCGAAUGCAUAAAAAAAUGAAUUUUAUAAAUUAUUUAUUGAUUAUCCUGAGGCACAACCAACUAGAGCUCAGAAUAGCCGUUUAAUAGGAGGAACUGGGGCGCCGUUGCAUUUACAAGGUGGGGUGCCCCACCCCAUCACAAUGGAACAUCAGAGAGGCAUUUCAGGAAUCAACUUAAUGUUUGAUGACAAUCAUUUGACGAACACUUCUGUGACAAUAAGACCAGAGCUGUACCAGAAGUGCAAUCGUGGUUCCCACUCAAGUGAUACUAGUUCUGCUUAUAGCGGAAGUGACACAAUGACGUCUGUUCAUAGUUCACUUGAUGAUGCUGGUGACAGGGACCGAGAUGAUGAAGUGGACUUGUCGGGUCUGAUGGAGUCCAUUGUGGACUCUGAUGAAGAAGAAGAUCUUGCAGAGAGCAUGGAUAGCUUGACGGUCCGUGACACAGUUCGUGAGUGUUUAGAGAAAGACCCUGCAGAUCGUGAUGAAGCUGAUAUAGAAAUUUUAUUAGAACUGACACAAACAUUGAAAGCAUUUACAAACAUGACAUUAGCUGUACGUAAAGCUCUUUGUUCUGUGAUGGUAUUUGCAGUGGUUGAAAAGGCAGGCACUAUGGUCAUGAGUGAUGGUGAAGAGCUAGAUUCUUGGUGUUUAAUCAAUGGUCGUGUUGAGAUUGAGCAUAAUGAUGGGGAAACUGAACAACUGCAUAUGGGGGAUAGUUUUGGAAUCCGACCAACAAUGGAAAAGCUAUAUCAUAGAGGGGUUAUGAGGACUUUGUGUGAUGAUUGCCAAUUUGUUUGCAUAACUCAAACAGAUUAUUUUAGAAUUCAACAUCAAGGUGAGGAAAAUACAAGAAGGCAUGAGGAAGAUGGUCGACUUGUUAUGAUAACAGAAUUAAGAGGUGACCAGGAAGAAGGUGGCAAAAGGGGGCAUGUUGUUAUAAGGGGUACUCCCGAACGUUUGAUGCUGCAGCUGAUAGAAGAAAAUUCUGUAACAGAUUGCACGUACAUUGAAGACUUCCUACUGACACAUAGAACAUUUAUUGAUAGUUCUUUAGAUGUUGCUAAACAACUUUUAGUGUGGUUUAAAGAAUCUCAUAUUCGUGAUCAUGUUACUAGAGUUGUGCUGCUAUGGGUCAACAAUCACUUCACAGACUUUGAAACGGAUCCUCAGAUGAUGGAUUUUCUCGAAGUUUUUGAAGGUGGCUUGGAACAAGAAAAUAUGCAAGGCCAGCUAAGGUAAUUUGCAUGUGCAGCAAAAGCAAGAACUAGAAAUGUUACAUUGGCCAGACCAUCUAGAGAUGAGCCAUUGCAAUUUUCUAUACUUGGUGGUUAUGAAAGGGGAUUUGGAAUUUUUAUAUCCAAAGUGGAUAAGAAAUCUAGAGCUGAGGAUGUUGGUUUGAAAAGAGGUGACCAAAUUUUGGAAGUUAAUGGCCAAAGUUUUGAACAUGUCAGUUACAACAAAGCUUUGGAUAUUUUAAGAGGAACUACACAUCUAAGCAUAACAUUGAAGAGUAAUUUACUUGCAUUUAAAGAAAUGUUACAAACUCCUGAUAACUCUCCAAGACCCAGAGGACGAAAAGUAUCAGAGAUUGCAUUAUUACAAGCGGAUCCAAAAGCACGAUUAUCGUCAGUAGAAUUGCUGUCAGCAGAAGAACCUUUAUCUAAAGCCCCAAUUACAAUACAAAGUCCAAACAAAGAAAGUAAUAACAAAAAGGAUUCACAUAUUGGUUUCAAAACACUUGCUCCCAAAAAAAGACUACAAAAGGCACUGAUGAAAAUGAAUAUUCUACCAAAGAAUAUCAUCAAUGAAAGUCUAGCAAAUGAUGACAGCAAUAUACCUCUCACAAAUACUGGAUUAACAAAUAGCAACCAAAACAAUCAACUAUAUCAGUCACAUAGUAAUCCUGAUUUAAUGUCAUGCUAUGAUGACUUGAGGGGUUCUGACUAUCCAGAACAUGUCCUCAAAGUAUUUAAAUCAGACCAAACAUGCAAAUAUCUAUUGGUUCAUAAAGAAACUACUGCCCAUGAAGUGGUGAUGUUGGCUCUUCAAGAAUUUGGUAUAACUGACCCAAGCUCUAAUUUUUCACUGUGUGAAGUAUCAGUGGCAGAGGGUGGAAUGAUAAAACAAAGACGAUUACCUGACCAAUUGCAGAAUUUAGCAGAAAGAAUAGGUUUAAAUUCUCGAUAUUACUUAAAAACUAAUGGCAUAACAGAAACAUUAGUUGCUGAUGAAAUGGCACCUGAGUUGGUCAGGGAAGGCGCUGUUUAUUUCUUACAAUUAAAUGCUGUAGAAAUUGCUAUACAGUUGACUUUACAAGACUUUAGUAUAUUCAGGCAAAUUGAAAGUACUGAGUAUGUUGAUGAUCUCUUUGAACUGAAGAGCAGAUAUGGAAUGCCGAUGUUAUCGCAGUUUUCAGAACUAGUUAAUAGAGAAAUGUUCUGGGUGGUUACAGAAGUAUGCAGUGAACAUAACCUAGUUAGAAGAAGCAAGAUUAUUAAACAAUUUAUCAAAGUAGCAAGGCAAUGUAAAGAAUGCAAGAAUUUUAAUUCCAUGUUUGCAAUAAUUUCUGGCCUUGGUCAUGGUGCUGUUUCACGAUUGAGAGUUUCUUGGGAAAAAUUAUCAACAAAAUAUCAAAGAUUGUUUUCAGAUUUGCAAGAACUGAUGGAUCCUUCAAGAAAUAUGUCUAAAUAUAGACAACUUAUAAGUUCUGAACAAAGCAAACCGCCCAUUAUACCAUUUUACCCCAUUGUGAAAAAAGACUUAAUUAUUCAUUUGGGAAAUGAUUCACGUGUGGAUGGUUUAGUAAAUUUUGAAAAAUUGAGAAUGAUUGCUAAAGAAGUAAGAUCCUUGACAAAUAUGUGUAGCAGUCCUUAUGACUUGUUGACUAUGCUCGAGCUGGGAGGACAGCCUCCAAGUUCAGCUAUGGUUGCAUUGAAUCAGAUGACAACUGCCACUACAGGGGGAACAAAUGCUCAGUCAAGCAACUGUAAAAGACGUAAAAAGUCAACAGCUGCACCCAAUCCUAAAAAGAUGUUCGAAGAAGCUCAGAUGGUGAGAAGAGUUAAAGCCUAUCUGAAUAACAUGAAAAUAAUAACUGAUGAGGAAAAGUUACAUGCUUUAUCUUUGGAAUGUGAACCUAGUGGUUCAGCACCCAAUUCUGUUCCAAUUAGAAAAAGGCAUCCAUCACCUACCUUAUCCACAACUAGCAGUGCAAGUUCUGCCAGUGAAGGGAAGAAGGGAAUUGCAGCUACUAAAUUUGGCGCCGCGUCGCCGCAAGCUGUUCGCAAGAUUCUUGCCCUAUCCGAACCUACAAAAACGCGGCCCCACCAGCCGCGACACCCUGGUUCUGCCUUACCUAUGCAGGGAAUGGUACAUCAUCAUCACGCUUUUAAUGGCAGCGGCAUGGUCGGUCGAGUGGUCGGUGGCGGAGUUGGUGUCGGAAUGCACGAACGUUCGCAUUCCGAUACGCCUACGCCUUUGCCAUCAGUCGAUUUGUCAGCUCAGAGCAGUAGCGUCACAUCAUUAAGCAACAUGCCCCUGAGGAAAACGGUCACUUCGGGUAAGAUAUCAAAUUCAGAUUGUACUGAUGACAUUUAUACAAGCAAUCAUUGUGGUGAUAGAUUAAUUUGAAAUGUGGGAUAAGUUUCUUAUUUAUCAGCAUAGUUGCAAAACUUGCUUUAUCUUAAAAGAUAUACUUUUUUGUAUAAGUUUUAACUGUAAAGAUUCAAUUAGACAAUAUUUGAAAAUUUAUUAAUAUAUGCGAAAUGUAUAUUUCAACUAUUUAUUAGAAUUUAUUGCUAAUAUGGA